CUUAAAGAAAAGAUCAGUCAGAGACUGGCUGAUGUGAGGUCUGAUGUAACCGAUAUCCUGAUGAGAAGUUGAUGAACCUGAACCACCACUGACCAAUACGCAGUACACACCACUGUCAAAUUGAAAUUAAAUUGAAAGUUAAAGAACAUUGACCUGUUACUUGUGCCCACGAGAGACUUAUAAAUGAUGCAGCUUUCAAUGUCAUUUUCUAAACUUAACCAUUUCAAAAUCCAAACGAGGAAAAUUCGUCAUUAUCUGUCUGAGUUGAAGCAGCUCUGUGCAGGAGGAACAACACAGCAUUGCAGAUUACUGUGUAAUCUUACAACCCCUGAACAAUCCAAACAAUCAGAGACCAAACUUAACCUAACUGAUGAAGAGAGGAAAAAGAUAUUACACAACUUGAACACACUGACAAAUGAAGAUAUGAGGGAUCGUCAGCAUAUCCCUUUUUCAUUCUGUACCAAUAUUUGCCAGUACAGGGAAGCCAAAGGUACCAUCUCUUCUAUAGAAGAACUCAUGAAUAUAAAAGGAAUUCGUGAGCUUAGGUUAAAGCAAAUCUGUGAAAAGUUGAUGGCAGAGCCUGACUUGUCUGAAAAGAAACGCAAACCUGCAGCUGAAUCAUCACAAACCAUGAAAAUUGAAAACCAUUUUCAUCCUAAGUUGAUUCUUCAAGACUUAAAGAGCCUUACCAAUGUGACCAGUGUAGAAGUCUGCUUAGAUUCUGUUCACUAUGCUACCAUGACCAGGGAUCUUGAGCUGACUCAAUGGGGUCAUUUUUUCUUUCCCAGCUCAAACUUGUAUAAACACCCACCUACAGACAUUUUUUUAGAGGCUAUGGAGAUAGUUGACAAACUACCUGUAUCAAAUAUUUACCUGUUUGAAAGCCGGAUGUACAAACAAGCUUCAAAUUCCAACAUCCAGUUUCGUUUAUUCAUCGGUCAGAUGCAGAUGGCACUACAGACUUUGAUCAACAAGGACAUAAAAACCAGCGGGCAGCACAAAGUAUUCUACGCCAGCAACACCUUCGUUUCUAAAAUAUUUGACUUGGUCGUUGGUGGUGAGCGAAUCAGUGGCCAGCACAUCGUGAAGAAAAUUGAGGAUGAACAGUACACCGAGCAGGUUCAUAUUCCCUCACAUCUUUGGAAGAGGUACAGGGAACUUGAUUUGCCUCUCAGCCAAGAAAGAUACUGCAAAUGUUUUUUGCUGUCCUUGGCUUUUUGUCAAAGUUUUUUGUUGCCUUUAAAUCGUGAAGAAAAUUGAACCAAUAAUUGUUACCUUUAAAAUAAGGUUUAGUUUGUGUAGCAAUGAUUUAAAAUCUUUUGAUAUAAACUAAUGUAUCAUACAUAAUACAUUUCAAUUAAAUAUUGUUUUAAGAU